AUGGCGGCUCUAUCACUGAAGAUAUCCAUCGAAGGUGGCAAGGUGGUAAAGACCAUACAGUUCGACCCUUCCACCACCGUGUACGACGCCUGCCGCAUCAUCAGAGAGAAGAUUCUCGAAGCCAGCAGUGGGGACCCAAAAGAAUACGGCCUCUUCUUAGCGUCAGAAGAAGACAACAAGAAGGGAAUAUGGCUAGAAGCUUCCAGAAGUCUGGACUACUACAUGUUGAGGAAUGGAGACCUUCUGGAGUAUAAUAAGAAGACCAGGAACUUGAGAGUCCGUAUGUUAGACGGCACGGUAAAGACCCUGCUGGUGGACGACAGCCAGGUGGUGGCCAACCUGAUGGUGGUCAUCUGCACCAAGAUCGGCAUCACCAACUACGACGAGUACGGACUGGUGCGAGAAGAACAAAAAGAGGAAGUAGAUCCAUGUGAGAAGCCUAACUUCGGCACUCUUACCCUGAAGCGCAAACACCAGGAGAAGGAGAGGGACGCCAAGAUGGAACAGCUGAGGAAGAAACUCAGGACUGAUGAUGAAGUGAACUGGGUGGAGCCCUCAAAGACACUCCGCGAGCAAGGUAUAGACGUGACAGAGACGCUCCUGCUGCGCCGCAAGCUGUUCUUCUCAGACCGCAACGUGGACUCCAGGGACCCCGUCCAGCUCAACCUGCUGUACGUGCAGGCCAGGGACGCCAUACUCGACGGCACGCAUCCUGUUACUAUGGAUAAAGCUUGCGAGUUCGCGGGUAUCCAAUGUCAAAUACAGUUCGGGGACCACAGGGAAGACAAACAUACACCCGGAUUUUUAGACUUGAAAGAGUUCCUGCCAGCGUCCUACGUGAAGGUGAAAGCCAUUGAGAAGAAGAUCUUCAAGGAGCACAAGAAGCACGUCGGCCUCAGUGAGCUGGACGCCAAGGUGCUGUAUACCAAGAGCGCCAGGGACCUCAAGACUUAUGGUGUCGCUUUCUUCUUGGUCAAGGAAAAGAUGAAAGGCAAGAACAAGCUGGUCCCCCGUCUACUGGGAGUCACGAAAGACUCCGUGCUGCGUCUGGAUGAGAAGACCAAGGAGAUCCUGCAGACCUGGCCGCUGACCACUGUACGUCGCUGGUGUGCCAGCCCCAAUACUUUUACCCUGGACUUCGGAGACUAUAGUGACCAGUACUACAGCGUGCAAACUACGGAGGCGGAGCAGAUAUUGCAAGUAAUAGCCGGAUAUAUAGACAUUAUAGUACGCAAGCAGCGCGCCAAGGACCACCUCGGCAUCGAGGGGGACGAGGGGUCCGCCAUGUUGGAGGACUCUGUGUCGCCUUCUAAGGCCAAUAUAAUCCAACACGACACAUUCAAGUCUGGCAAGGUGAACACGGAGUCCGUGGCCAAACCCGCCGUGCAUCGCCCCGGAGCUGAAGGAGCGAAGCCAUUUGCAGUGAACCACAUGACGGGCGCCCAGCAGACGACAGUCUCAGGACAAAUCAUUACUGGACACACGCCGCCCGCUGCGUCCCAGGUCCAGCAGACGCGCGUGACGUCGAUCCUGUCGGAGCCGCAGCGCGCGCUGCUGUCCACCAUCUCCAGCGGAGUGGAGAUUAUCAAGCACACAGAGGAGGGACUCACCAGGGCCACCCUCCCAGCGCUGGGCCAGGACGCCGCGUCAGUGAAGUGGAAGCAGGUGACGAUGGACACCAACAAGCAGGUCGUCACCUCGCAGAUUGCCGCCAUGAACGCGGCCACGGCGCAGGUCGUCACACUCACUUCAGGCACGGAGGAAGUAGACCACACGGCAGUAGGAGCAGCCAUCACCACCAUCACCACGAACCUGCCGGAGAUGACGAAGGGAGUACAGAUGAUCGCCGCACUCAUGGAUGACGGGGACCAUGGAGACAAACUCCUGGAUGCCACCAGGAAACUCUGUACAGCAUUCACUGACUUACUGAAGGCUGCUGAGCCGGAAACUAAAGAGCCGCGCCAGAACCUCCUAAAUGCUGCCUCCCGCGUCGGCGAAGCCUCCACAACAGUCCUCUACACCAUCGGCGAGGAAACCGAGGAGGACAAGGAGACACAGGACAUCCUCCUCUCGCUGGCGAAGGCAGUGGCCAAUACCACGGCGGCCCUGGUGCUGAAGGCCAAGAACGUGGCGGCGCAGUGCAGGGAGGACCAGCCGCUGCAGAACUCCAUCAUCGCAGCCGCUACACACUGCGCGCUCGCCACUAGCCAACUGGUUGCUUGUGCCAAGGUGGUAGCCCCAACCCUCCAGAACCCUCAAUGUCGCUCCCAGCUGUCCCACGCAGCCCGCCAGGUGGCCAGCGCAGUCCAACGCCUGCUGGACGCCUGUUCCAGCGCUCCGCCGCCGGCAGCCCCCGCCGUGGAGUCCCUCACUGCCGCAGCACAUAAUGUCACGCAGGAGCUCGAAAGGUUGUUGGCGCAUUGUGAACUUGAGCGUCGUGCGACGGGCACGGUGUCGGAGCGGUCGGUGGAGAGCGUCAUGUGUGCCAGCGAGCGAGUCGUGGGCGCCGCCGACCCGGGGGACAUGGUGCGCCACGCGCGCCUGCUGGGCCAGGCCACCGCGCAUCUCAUCACCAACAUCAAGACGGAAGCAGAGAAGCAGCCUUCCGAAGGUCAGCGCAAGUUGCUGGCGGCUGCCAAGUUGCUGGCGGACGCUACAGCGCGCAUGGUGGAGGCUGCCAGGCAGUGCGCGUCCGAGCCACAGGACCGCGAGAAACAAGAAGCUCUGCGCAAGGCUGCAGAAGAACUGCGCUACAUCACCGUGGACUACGCGCAGGGACAGGACAUCGUCGGGUCGCAGGUCGCGCGGCUACAGGAGAGCGCCCGCCAGGCCGCUUCCAGCGCGACGCAACUGAUCACUUCGGCUCACAACGCCACGCAGUACAAUACCAACAAGUACACACAGGAGACCCUGAUGGAGGAGUGCAAGUCCCUGAGCGAGCAGAUCCCCCGCGUGGUGGACGCCGUGAAGGUGUCGAGCCUGCGCCCCGCCGACCCGGCCGCCACGCUCGACCUCAUCUCCGCCUCCGAGGCCUUCCUACAGCCGAGCGGGCACGUGGUGUCUGCGUCCCGCGGCGCGCUGCCGACGGUGGGCGACGGGCCGACGGCCAAGCACCUCGCAGACACCACGCACUCCUUCACCGCCAGCGCCGCCGACCUCCGGUCAGCAGUAGGUCGUGCUCGUAUCUCUUGCAAAGGUCUUGAGCUGGAUGCUGCAGCAGAGAUUAUCAAGUCGCUCCAGGCGGAACUGGACGAGCUGGAGGAGGCUGCCAGGGCAUUGGAACUGAGGCCACUGCCCUCACAGACGCCGGAGUGGGCGUCGUCGACGCUGAAGACGUCGUCCCGGCUGGCGGCGUCGCACACGAUGUCGCUGGUGGCGGGCGCGCGGCGCGGCGAGCACGCGGCCUGCGCGCGCGCCGCCGGCGACCUGGCGCAGUCGCUGCGGGACUUCGGCGCCGGCAUCCGCGCCACCGCCGCGCUGCAGCCCGACCAUGCCCGCAGGGAGAAAGUAAUAACAUCGGGUCGCCAAGUCCUCUACUCCUCCCAAACACUGGUGGAGCACGUGAAGCGAUCCCUCACCACCUCGGAGACUGUCGACACCACCUCCAUCAUGGCCAUCGCUAAAGAUAUCUCACAGGGUCUGGAGUCGACCCUGGAAGCGGUUCCAUCUCACACCGAGCUGGAUGUAGCCAUGGAGAACAUCAACGAGACCCUCAACAUACUCAACAUGGGAGAGUUCCCGCCCUCUGACAGGAGCUAUGGUGAACUCCAAUCGGAGCUGAAUGCCGCGGCGGUAGGGCUGAGCAGUGCGUCGUCGGAAGUGGUGGACCGCGUCGACCGGCCCGCCGACCUGGCCGCCGCCGGGGCCGGCUUCGGGGACGCCUUCAACAGGCUGCUGGGCGUCAGCAUGGAGAUGGCGGGACAUACCGAGGACCGCGACGCCCAGACCCUGAUGGUGAGCUCCAUGAAGAGUGUGACCGUCAACUCGUCCAAACUGCUCGGCACUGCCAAGUCCGUCAGCCAGGACCUGACCCGGCCCAACGCCAAGAACCAGCUAGCGGCCGCCGCCCGCGCCGUCACUGAGAGCAUCAACAGACUUGUGGACGUGUGUACGAGCGCGGCGCCGGGCCAGAAGGAGUGCGAGGCGGCCAUCCGCAGCAUCCGCUCCACCCUGCCCCUGCUGUCCGCGCCCACGCAGCCGCUCACCGAGCUCGGCUACUUCGCCUGCCUCGACGCCGUCGUCGACCAGAGCAAGAGCCUCAGCGAGGGCAUGUCCCAGAUGGCGAGCUCUGUGAAGCGCAGCGAGGCGGAGCAGUUCAGCCGCUCCGUGGGCACCGUGGCCGCCGCCGUGCAGGGGCUCGUCGAGUGCACCGCGCAGGCCGCGUACCUGGUGGCAGUAUCGGACGAGACGAGUGUAGCAGGUCGUCCAGGUCUAGUAGACCAGGCGCAGUUCGCGCGGGCCGCCGUGGCCAUCGACCAGGCCUGUCGAGCGCUCUGUGACUCUUCUAGCAACCAACAACAGGUGCUGUCGGCGGCGACGGUGGUGGCGAAGCACACGAGCGCGCUGUGCAACGCGUGCCGCGUGGCGUCGGGCCGCACGGCCGAGCCGCGCGACAAGCGACACUUCGUGCAGGCCGCCAAGGACGUCGCCAACUCCACCGCCGCGCUCGUCAAGGACAUCAAGGCGCUCGACACCGACUACAGCGAGGCCAACCGCGCCCGUUGCGCCGCAGCGACAGGUCCCCUGCAGGACGCAGUGCGCAGCCUGUGUCAGUUCGCGGACAGUCCCGAGUUCGCUUCCAUUCCCGCCAAGAUAUCGCCGCAGGCUAGGAACAACCAGGAGGCUAUAUUGGAGUGUGGCAGGAACAUAAUCUCGGGCUCAUGUUCAAUGCUGGAGUCAGCUCGUCUCUUGGGAAUUUCUCCAGCGGAGCGCUCCCACUGGCAACAACUGGCGCUGCACAGCAAGACUGUGUCCGAUAGCAUCAAGGGACUGGUCGCUAACAUCAAAGACAAGGCGCCAGGUCAGCGAGAAUGCGUAGCGGCGUUGGAUACACUGAACAGACAGCUGCGUGAACUGGACCAGGCCGCCAUGCAGGCCGUCGGACAGGAACUGGUGCCCAGGAAGAAUAAUACGCUGCAAGGCUACACGGAGCAGAUGGAGAACAGUGCGACGGAGAUGCUGGAGCGCCUGGAGCCGCUGCGGGUGGCCGCCCUCGGGGAGGCCGAGCACCUGGGACACGCCGUCGUACAACUGGUAUCGUACGCGGAGCCGCUGGUGGCGGGCACGGUGGGCGCGGGGUCCAACCUGUCGGAGUCGGGCACGCAGGGCGCGCUGUUCGAGCACGCGCGCACCGUGCUGGAGACCCUCGCGCUGCUGCUGCACGACGCCCGGGCCGCCGCCGGGAACCCACGGGCGGUGUCGGCGCACAGCAAGGUGGAGGUGCAGGUGGCGCAGUGCCGCUCGGCGCUGUCGGAGCUGCAGGCGCAGGUCCGCGAGCUGAGCGCGGCGCGCGGCGCUGUCGGCCCGCUGCUGGACUCCAUGCAGCGCGCCAUCGCCAGGCUCACGGAACACAGAAUGUCUCUAAUCGGCUCGUACGAUGAGUCGGACUCGUUCGUGGACUACCAGACGCGCAUGGUCGGCGCCGCCAAGGAGAUCGCCAGGCUCGCUACAGACAUGACGGCGAAGUCAGCUACAGACGCGAGUCGGCUGGUACAGCUGGGCAACGAGAUGUGCCAGAAGUAUGAACAACUUGCACAGGACAGCGUCGGAGCGUCCGCCACUACGCCCAACUCCGAUAUUGCUAAUAGGAUCCGCGUAGCAGUAGUAGAACUCGGCGAGGGAGUGUCAGAGCUGAUCAAGGCAGGCGGUCAUUGUCGCCUCUCCGCCAUACCACAGAACCAACGCGCCGUCGCUGAUAGCGCCAAGAUUGUUAACGAGAAGGUGAUAGCGGUACUGAGCGGUCUGCAGGCGGGGUCCCGCGGCACGCAGGCGUGUAUCGACGCCGCCGCCACCAUCGCCGCCAUCAUCGGGGACCUCGACACCACCAUACUCUUCGCCAGCGCCGGUACUCUCCACUCAGAGAAAGAAUCAGACACAUUCUCCGACCACCGGGAGAAUAUCCUGAAGACUGCGAAGACUUUGGUGGAAGACACCAAGACCCUCGUCGGAGGAGCAGCUGGUACUCAGGAACAACUGGCAACUGCGGCACAGAGCGCAGUCAGUACUAUAGUGCAACUGUGCGAGGUGGUGAAGCUGGGCGCGAUGUCGCUGGGCAGCGGCAGCCCGGAGCCGCAGGUGCUGCUGCUGCACGCGGCGCGCGACGUGGCGGCCGCGCUGCGCGACCUGGCCGCCGCCACCACCGCCGCCUCCGGCAAGACCGUCGCGCACCCCGACAUGCACCGCCUCAAGCACGCCGCCAAGCGACUGUCUGACGCCACGCGCCGCUGGAGCCUCCCUCUCAAAGCCACCACCAUACCUCGCCCAAACAGGCGCUCCACCAUACUGCGGCUCGACUAUAACUCCGCAGACUCGGAAACUGACAUCUUCCAAUCAGACCAGGAAGAUGAACUCGUCAAGCUCUUAGACUAUUCCAGCCAAGAUGACGAUGUCUCCCCGACUAUAUUCCAUGACAAUUGUGAAGAAAUUAUCACGUAUAUAGAAAAUAAAAUGACUAUACCACCAGUAAGGAGCCUGAAAAAUGACGAUUUGAAUGAACGGUACAACCUCGCAGCUAAAAACAGCCUCCUAGACAUGGACUGGCGAGUCCUAAAGUAUGGCGAGAAUAUACUUCUAGGUGAAGUCAAGAAACUAGUCGACAUGGUUCAUGACCUAGGAGAUAGGGAAGAGAAUAAUAGAAAGAGAGAUAAGAUCCAGAGAAUGAAAGCUAAUAACGAUUUGGACUCGGAAAUGAAACGACUAUCAACUGUCAUAGAAAAUUUGGACUCAAUAGAAAUUAAUGUCACAACUGAGGUCAAAAUUGAGACUGUGCCUAAUAAAAAGCCUAAAGUAGACGAUGUUAAGUUAACAAGUCCAGUUUUCAAAGUCAAGAAGGUCAGACCAGUCAGUCUAGAUGUUCAAACUCCGUCUCCGGAAGCUACUGAGGCUACCAAAGAGUUGCUAAGCCCUGAGGAGAAGCAGAAGGAUGAAAGCAUGGAGAUUGUAGUCAAACCUGAUGUGAAAUCUAGAGAGACGACUGACGUCAGCACCAUGACCAGAAAAGUCAGAAUGGAAUUCUGGAAAAUGUUCAAAGAUGACACAGAGUGGUGGAAAGCUUUAGCUAAAAGGAAUCUAGAAAAAAUGGAGGAAACCAGACGAGAACUGGAGAGAUUCAGUGGACAUGAACUUGUUUUGGGCGAGUUCCAAACUCAAUUAGACAAAUUCGAAAAUGAAAAGCAUACUCUACAAAAUUUUAUCGAAGAAGUUGACAAAUCUAAAGCCGUCAACCAAGAUCUUGAAUAUAAUAAAAAGUACGAAGAUAUGGUGCUUAAACUGAUCGAGUUUGCCAAAAAGGACUUUAUCUACAAAGGCUUUGAUCCUCUUAUCGAACAGCUGAAAGCGUUAUCUAACAUCAAAAUCGAUCGAAAGAAAAAAGUAGAUAUACAAGAGAUACUAAACAUUUACUCACAAAUAGACACAAGCAAAUACACGUAUGAGGAACUUUGUCUUCUAGAAAGAUAUUACAAAGAGAUUAUACGAAAAUACAAAAAAGAUUUCAGAGAUAAAGAAAACAUAAUUCCAGAGAAUAGACAAAAUAUCCACACAACUAAUAGCUUACACAGAAACAUUAACCAUACCAUAAUAUAUAAUACAGACACAAUAAAAAGCACACGAUCGAACCCUGAGAAAAAACGCAAUUCCAUAGAAAUUAUGGACUUAACAAGGACCUACCCGAUGCAAUAUUACGCGAACAACUGGUGGACUAUAUACGAAGACGUUCUGAAAAGCAGAGAACAACAAUUCGGCUCAAUUGACAACUGGUGGCAAGUCUAUGAAAGGAUACUUAACAAAACGGAGACUAAAGAAGAUUUGGAGAGAUUCCAGUCUUUGAUGAGAAGUCAGUCCAGGUCGAGGCCUAGUUCUCGAAUGGAGGAACAGCUAAGGAUGUUGGAUGAGAUAAGGAAUGAUAGGUUUAAGGAGACGGAGGCAGUGACCCGAAAGGAUGAUGAAUCGGUGAUGGUGACAAACGUGACGUCACUGCUGAAGACCGUGAAGGCAGUGGAGGAUGAGCACACACGAGGCACCAGGGCGCUGGAGUCCACUAUAGAAGCUAUCUCGCAAGAGAUUGAGGUGCUAAUGUCAUCAACGCCUCCCAAGUCCACGGCGACUCCCGAGGAGUUGAUCCGCUGCACGCGACAGAUGACAGUGGCUACUGCCCGCGCCGUCGCCGCCGGGAACGCGAACAAGCAGGACCAACUGACUGCCGCCGCCAAUCUAGGCAGGAAGACUGUUGUAGAUCUACUAGUGGUCUGCAAGGGCGCGGCGCACGCAGCUGAGACAGCCGAGCUCCGCAGUCGUACGUUAGAGGCCGGGCGCGCGGCGGCGGCGGCCUACCGCGCGCUGCUGGGCGGCGUGCUGGCGGCCUGCGGCGGGGACGGCGGCGCGCGCCACGACCUGCCCGACCUGUCGCGACACGUCGCGCACGCCACCGCAGACAUCAUCGCCACCGCCGAGCUGCUCAAAGGUUCAGACUGGGUAGACCCGGACGACCCGACAGUUAUAGCUGAGAACGAGCUGCUAGGCGCCGCCGCCUCCAUCGACGCCGCCGCCAAGAAACUCGAGUCUCUACGACCUAGGAAGAGCGUCAAAGUACAGGAGGCGGACGAGAGCCUGAACUUCGACGAGAUGAUCCUCGAGGCUGCCAAGUCCAUCAUCACUGCUACAUCGGCGCUAGUACGCGCUGCGUCAGCCGCGCAGCGGGAACUUAUUGAUCAGGGCAAGGUAGCUCGUCGCCCCACCUCAUCAUCAGACGACGGCCAGUGGUCCGAAGGUCUGAUCAGUGCAGCCAGGCUAGUGGCUGCCGCAGCGCAUUCCUUGGUGGAAGCUGCCAACGCGCUGGUGCAGGGAGCCGGGUCUGAAGAGAGACUUAUUUCAAGUGCCAGGCAGGUCGCCUCGUCUACUGCUCAGCUGCUGGUGGCUUGUAAGGUGAAGGCCGACCCCUCAUCCGAGUCCACCCGUCGCCUCCAAGCGGCCGGGGCCGAAGUGAUCAGGUCGACGGACAACCUAGUCCGCGCCGCCAGGGACGCCAUACACACGGAGGAUGAGAGGAGUCUUGUACUGAACAGGCGCAUGGUCGGAGGCAUCGCGCAGGAGAUUGAUGCCAGAUCCGAAGUCCUCCGCAUAGAAAAAGAACUUGAAGAAGCCCGAGGUCGCCUGACUGCCAUCAGACAGGCCAAGUACAAGCUCCGAGCUGGAGAGACCUCCGGAGAGGACACCGACACCGACGUACAGCUGGGGUACACCAGCGACACUGCUCCACACAGAUUCAAAACUCCAAAUAGCAGUUUCGCGAACACAACAUACAGCCCCAACAGUACAUACUCCCCCCACACACACACAAACACGACGCACACGACACACAACACGACAAACAUUAGCUCACAUAUAUCGCAACUGAACCACUCCAUCCACGGCACUCCGGCCAAGAGUCCAGUCUCCCCUGGUUACUACUCCACUCCGAAGAGUCCUACAGUACCGGCGCGACCUGACCAGUACAACCAGAGCUUCAGCCAAGAAAAAGUACCAACCCGACCUGAGCAAUAUAGCCAGAGCUUCAGCCAGGAGAAACAAUAUACUGUGCAGAGUCCGUCGUUCUCUAGCUUCAGGCCAGCUGAAGAACCUAAGCAAAAUUAUGAAGGAUUUACUACUCGGACAAGCAUAGAGGAGGUCACAGUAAGGUCCCUAACCCUCCCUGAAGUGAGGACGGCACACCUAGUGGGAGAGGAACGUGUCCCCUACAAGAGGGAGAGGGCCCCUCCUCCGCCGCCGCGCAGGGCUUCGCUACUUAGGUGCGACGAGCCGACCAAGUGA